CGUCUACCAAGUCAACCUCCAGCUUCAACAACACGCUCGCUCUCUACCUGCGUCUCUUUCUGCGGCAUAAACCAGUCUUCUCGCUUGCUCGCUAUGAGCAGCCCACAAGGCAGCCCGAAUACCCCAAGGCGGGUCUUUGGCGCCACGGAUCUCUUGGGCGUGGACGAUGCACCGGAUGUGUCCCCCGACCGCAGACGCGUCUCUGGAGGAGGACGUAGUCUUCGUCGUCCAAGCUUCAUUGGCCGCUGGAGGAGCAGUAUUUCUGGAUCUUCAGACGGUGGCGACGGCACCAAAUCGAUUGACAAACCCCCCAUCCCAACCGCCAUCCAAUCCUCAGAAACGUAUUCGACUCCUUUGCCCACCCUUUCCAUGACUGUCUUAUCCAUCACUAUGCUUGGAGAGUUCUUGUCCGCCAACGUAUCAAUGCCCUUCCUCCUCCUUAUGGUCAAAGGAUUUGGCACUCUUCACGAUGAGGCGGAGAUAGCGUUCUGGACGGGCAUUCUUGUCUCCACCUUCUUCCUCACCCAGUUCUUGACGUCUUUGCUAUGGGCCACUGCAGCAGACCGGCACGGCCAGCGAAACGUUCUCACCUUGUCCUUAUUUGGAAGCGCAGUGACCGUCCUUCUCUUCGGCACUGCGACGACGCUGAAGCAGGCCAUCGUCAUCCGGCUUCUUCAAGGCAUCUUCUCGGGCGCCGUUGGAGUUGCGAGAGGUUGUGUUACUUCUAUCACCGACACCAGCAAUGAAGGAAGAGCUUACGCGAUUAUGGGUUUCUGCUGGGGCAUUGGUGGUGUCGCGGGAGCUAUCAUCGGUGGGAGCUUUGAGUCGCCUGCCCAGAAGUGGCCGCAGGUUUUUGAGAAGUAUGAGCUAUUCGUCAAGUACCCUUACCUCCUGCCCUGUGCGGUCGCCGGACUCAUUACACUUACUGGCUCUUUCUUAUCCCUGUUCCUCGCGCGCGACGGCGGCCCGCGCGGCGGCGCAAUCCAGCUCCCGCCAGAAAAACUCUCCCCCGACCGGCCGGAGCCCAUCCCGGAGGAAGAGGAAGAGGAGGACGUCCUCGGAACGCCUGACCUCGAGGCCAUGUCGUCUAACCAGGGGCGCAACAAUUCGCUCACAGGCUCGCUCAGGCGCACGCUCGCGAACCGCUUGUCCAAUUAUUUCCCGCGCACGGAUAGCAUGCAAUCAGGACAUUCGGAGGCGCCGUCACAGUCCGUCCCGCUGUCGGCGUCGCCCCGCGUCUCGCGCACGAGCCGCGCAGACGGCUCCGCAUACGGGUACACGGGUCCGCGUGGGCGCGGGGUUAGUGGAUCGUUUGGUUUUGGUGGGCCGAGGCGCGUGAGCGUUGCGAGUUCGCUGAGGCGGCGGAGGGGCAGUGGGGUGGAGGGAAGCUAUACUGUCUCGGGGUCGUUCUCGGAGAGCGCGGCGGACCUCAAUUUCGCACAGCGGUUGUUGCUCGCGAACGAGAACGCGGUGACGAACAUUGCGGAUCUGUGGGUCGCCGCCGCGAUGAACGUGGACGCCGAGGACCCGUUUGAAAAUGAGUCGGAUAUCGAGGAGGACAUUGCACGUCUACGGCGCCCCGAGGACGGCGGCGAGCCAUCUGGCUCGUUCGCGGGCGACGACGAGUCGUACCGCGAUUACCCCGAUGUGGAGCACGCCGCGGAAUACUCAGACGCAGGCACAGCGCGCGCCGACGCCGAUGAAGCGACGGACGACAUCAACUCGAUCACCUCGACCCCGGUCGCGCGGCGCACGAUGGUCUCGCCCUCGCCGCACCUGCCGGCCUCCCCACGCAUCGGCACGCGCGCGUCGAUGGUCACGUUCGCAGCGGACCCGCCGCGCCGCGCGUCGUCCGCGCUCCGGCGCAUGCCGAGCGCGACACCGUCGAUCUUCUCGCAUGCGGGCGUGCGCACGCCCAGCGCGGUGCUCGAUGCGCAGGCGCGGGCUGAGGAGGGCGUGGCCGCUAUCGAUCUCGGGCCUAAUCCGCCGUUUUCUGAAGGUGCACAUGGCCACGGCCAGGCUUCCGGCUCCGGCUCGGGAUCGGGGCUGGGAGGAGUUGGCCUCGGCAUCGUCGCGGGCGGCAUUGCGGCUGCUGCGCCCGGUACGCAGGCGGCGCGGCGCACGGCGAGUGGGGUGUCGAUGGUGCGCACGAGCACGAUGGAUGCGAUUAUGGAGGGGGGGAGAGAGCAGGAGGCGCAGCCGCCGUCGCUGAUGUCGCAGCUGCCUAUGCUGGUUAUUGUGCAGUAUGGGCUGCUGGCGCUGCACAGUACGACGCAUGAUCAGGUGUUUUUGUCGUAUCUUGUCUCGGACUAUGGGUCGGGAGGGUUGAACCUCAAUCCGGGGCAUUUCUCUCAGCUGAUCGCGUUGAUGUGUCUCGCUCAAAUCGUGUAUCAAUUCUAUCUCUAUCCAAACAUUGGCCCUCCUCGUGGUCGCUUCUCUCACCUGACAAUGUUCCGCAUCGGGUCGUUUCUCUUCAUCCCAGCCUAUGUGACCGUCACGAUGUAUCGUGUCUUUGCGAGCCCGAACAAUGAUGGGAACUUUAUCCUCAUGAGUGCCCUCGCCGUUAGCAGGGCGAUUCGAUACUGCGGGAACACGUUUGCUUACACCGCUGUGUCGAUACUGUUGAACUAUAUGACACCGCCGCACGUCGUCGGCUUCGCCAACGGCGUCGCGCAGAGUAUCGUCAGUCUCGCGCGGUGCUUUGGGCCCAUUGUCGGAGGAUACCUCUGGGCCGCCAGCACGCAGGACAACCCCGCAGGGUACCCGAUCGGUUUCUUUGCGUGCGCCGCGUUCUGCGCGUUGGCCAUCGCACACAGUUUCUUCAUCCGCUAGAGUUGCAUGGCUGUUCGCAUUUACUGUAAAUACCCCUCGAGGUUUUUGUUUCGUUUUCAAACCAGCAUCUUUACGAGUUUCAUGACUUGAAUUACCAGUUGUGGCAAGGACGAUCGAUUGAUUCUGUAUAUAAUGUAGAGUUCGAGUACACCUGGUGAUAUUGAUAUGUAGAUUUCUCGACAUAACAUCCUUGGUUCUGGC